CACAAUAACACUAAUUCUUUGGGGUUCAAUAGACUCUUCCACACACAAGUAAACAAUAUCUUGUACAUUAAUAUUUCAUUGCAAUCAAUGGCGGAAUUUGCGAUAUCGUCUCUUCUCGGCACUCCGAGUCUAUCUGUGCUGUUCGCUGCUGUUGUUCUAUUACUUGUCUACUCCUGGACCGGUUCCAGGACGGGUCUAAGGCACCCCCCUGGUCCGCCAGGUCUACCGUUCCUCGGAAGUGUCUUCACCCUGCUCUUCUCGAAGCUUCAGCAGCACGAACUGCUCUUCAAAUGGAGCGGGGAGUAUGGCGGGAUCUUCUCGUUUACCCUUGCAGGAGGCCGAGUGGUCGUCCUGAGCGACAAGGAGCUGAUCCAGGAGACCCUGCAGGAUCCUUAUGUCAAUGACAGGAUCCCCUUCCCGGCAUGCAUCACGAUCUAUGGAAGAGAAAAUACAGGGAUCGCCUUUGCCAGUGGACCGGUAUGGAAAGAGCAGCAACGGUUUUUCCUAACCGUCUUCCGGAAGGUCAACGCCAGUGUCAUCAGGUUUGAAGACAUCAUCCAGGCCCAGGGGCUUCGCCUCUUGGACGAACUUGACAAACAGGAAGGACAACCUUUUGACCCUUCCGAUCUGGUCAUGGUGACCAUCUCCAAUGUGAUCCUGAAGAUAGUCGCAGGGAGGACGUACGAAUAUGACGAUCCCACCUUGCUCCGGAUGGCAACCUGUUCAAAUAGACUUGCCGACAUCAUUGGACCUGCUGGGUUGUUCGGAAUGAUACCUGGUCUUGCUUCCUUACCCCUACCGGCUAAACGUCAAUUGACUGAUCUGAUGAGAGAAAUGGUAGCCUUUAUCAAGGAGCAUGUCGACGAACACAAGGCGAACUUUGACCCGGAAGUUCUACCUACUGACUUCAUGUCCUGCUACUUGAAAGAGAUAGCUGAUAGCUCCGAGAAUCCUGAAACAACAUUCGAUGACACGAAUAUGCUGCAGACCUGUUGGGAUUCCAUGUUUCCAGGCUACGAAACAACCAUCUCAGCUUUCAGAUGGGCCUUGCACCUUCUCGCAGGUCAUCCUGAUGUUCAAUCACGAAUUCGUCAGGAAAUUUUCGACGUCGUCGGCCGAGACCGUCUGCCAGAGUACGGCGAUCGUCAGAGGAUGCCGUACAUGGAAUCAACAGUUGUGGAAUGCCUUCGACUGAGACCCGUCAUCCCCUACGUGGCGCCGCACAUUGUAUCACGUGAUAGCAAGAUAGCCGGAUAUGACGUCAAAGUGGGCACAAGGGUCACGGUCAAUCUGUGGUUUUUGGCGCGGAGUCCUACCUUGUGGGAGGAUCCGGACGAGUUUAAACCUGAACGAUUUCUGGAUGAAGAAGGCUGCUACGAUAGAUCGCGAGAACCCUUACCUUUUAGCUAUGGAAGAAGAACUUGUCCUGGAGACCAACUAGCUCGAAUGGAACUAUUUCUCAUCUUGAGCUACGUCCUCCAGAGAUUCACCCUGACUCUACCCGAAGGGGCCCCGCGGGAUCUUGGGGGCAGCAUGGGCGCUACGUUCAGACCUCAACAGUAUGAGUUACAAGCAACUAAAAUCCCUGCAUCAGCGGUCACAUCGAAACCAGAAUAAGAACAACAAAAGCAUACGAAUAUACUUUAAAUUCAUAUAUUUUAAUUAUAAUGCAAUUUAUUUUCCCUGUUGGAGCUAAAAAAAAUUAUAAAAAGCCUACUUAGUGAUUGAGAGAUGAUAAGCGUAUUCAUGGUGUUGCAAAAUCAUGUAAAUCGAGCAUAACGGAGGAAAAAAAUGAUGAAAUUAAAUCACACAAUAUGUACGCAUAUUUUAAUAAAAUUGAUAUUUCAUUGCCA